GUGGCUGCGUGUGGAGUGGCCUUCAGAGUUCUCUUUUACGACAACCUGGAGAGUGAGAAAACUCCGUGGAGUGUGUUCUCCCUUGUCGCUGUGGCACUUCUGGUGGUGAUUCUGUCGACGUGGUUGGACUAUUUCCCAUCUCGCCUCUCUCACCUCCGCCUCAGGCAGACAGAUGGGCAGGGGAUAGCUCUGGGUUGUCUGUUGAUUCCAACUGUACUCUGCUCCACACUCCACUGCUCUCUCCACACUGCCCCACACCACUCCGGUGAGUCCGCCACCAUCGUUUCAACGGUACUGUACCUCCUC